ACAUUUCUAUGAGGAUGUUGUUGUUUACUCCUUUGUUGGUAUUUUCUUCCCUCAUUUUUACCAAUGGUCAAGACACAAACAAGCAUAUGAUAUGUAAAGAAGUCAGCGAUGUAUUUAACAACAACAACGGGAAUUCUCAACCAUCAGCUAGAAGACUUCAAGGCCCGAUGGGGAAGAGAGGUCAACCUGGAUUGAAGGGCGAAACUGGACCCCAGGGUGCGUCUGGUCAGCCAGGAACAGUAGAUUAUGAAAGAGUGGCGGAGCUUGUACGUAUUGAAGUUGCCAAAGAAAUUGAAACAAAGAUGAAGAAUUUGGAGGAAAAGAUAAUGAAUGUUUCCAAAAUUACCGAAGAGAUAAUUAUAAGAGAACAAUGUGAAAGCAUACGGGGUGGAGUGAGAGUCGAUUCGAAAUGUUUUGUAACGGAAAUUCAUUCUACGCAAGACACCACUUUGGCCGAAGCUGAACAAAUUUGCCGGAACAAAGGGUUAAGAUUAGCUGAUAUUUCUACCGAACAUGAACACAAUGCGAUCAUGGAAUUAGUAAGAAACAAAUUUCCUGCUGGGAGAUCGUAUGCUCAUGUUUGGACAGGAAUGAAACGAGAUAAAAACAGAAAAGCAGUUUUAUCGAACGGCCAAAUAUCUGGGUAUAAAAGAAUUCGAGAAUCCCCCAGUCAAUGGAAAACCGCUGAAGCAAGUCGAACACACGUUUAUGUAUACGUUAGAAAAAAUCCCAACGAAACUGAUCAGGGACUUGGAUCAGUCUGGCCAUCCUAUGAGCUUGAAGGAGUCGUGUGCUCUGUAUAAUAAACGUAAAUUGAUCCAACAUCUGAGCAUUACACAAGGAUAUACGCUCCAUGCACUGACAAUGAAAACUUUUUAAUUUUAUAUGCCACUGUCCCCAUCCCUGAUAAAAAUAAAUUCUGAGCAAAUCUAUCUGGUUAUGUAUCGUUCAAAUAAAUACGAGAAAUUUA